AUGUCUGGACUCUGGGUCAUGCCUGAGACCUCUCGUAAAGGGGAGAUGGGUGGACAGAGGAGGAGUGGUGUGAGUUCUGGUCGUGGGCUGGUGAACGAUGCGUUGAGCCCGCGGGCCAAUAUUACGAAGAAACGAAUUCCUUUUUCCAACAUUUCCCACAUCAAUCAACGAUCCUACACAGAAGCUGAUACAGCUCAGACCUGUACAGGCUGCGGCGGAAAGUUUAACCAUGUCGGAUGUGGGUCCAUGGUUAAAUUACAGAGUGGGAUGCUUUUGGUGGAUGGUACUCUGUGGAGAAAAGUGGCAUGGUUAACAAGGUCUGUGCUCCUUGCGAUGGUCCGAUCAGCACGCUCUACCUGGACACGUCUGGCCACAUUGAUCCUUUGGAUCAAAAGCUUGCUGGUUGCAUUAUCCCAAAAGCGAAGGACACAGGGAGGUGAAGAUGAGGAACCACUGAACCUCCCUCAAGCACCUGAACCCCCUCGACCUCCACAGUAUUGUCUUCCGCAGGAUACGGAAGGCAUUCCGGCUGUGGCGCCCUCAACUCAAGGAUCUCGAACCAGAAAGCCAAAGAAACAUCGAGGGAAGCGACAACCAGGAAAAAGGAUAGCUUCUUCAUCUGACAAGUCUCCUGACCCAACCCCGAGCUCGUUUGGUUCCUCUGCGAGUGGACAGUAUGGAUCUAACUUCCGGUUCCCUUCCCAUAGCGAACUCGCUGGUGGCAGCUUGACACUGUUUUCUCGGAUGGAAGUCUCAUCAUGGCUGAAGCGUUUCGACUGGUGGCGUCAAAUCAAAGGCAUUGACGACACUCAGGCGCUCAACUUCAUGAAAGGCUUCUGUUCAGAUGCAGUCGUUGCUGGGAAAGUAGAGAGAUAUACCACGAGUGCCAAGACAUGGGGCGAACAGAAGGACCGACUGUUGGUUGCAUAUCAGCCCUGGGAUCAUCUCCAAGCAUACACACCUGAGCAGGAGCGGCUGAACAUCAUCAACAACCGUUUCAUUACUGAUGCUGCGAGCUUGUGGUCAUUCGUUGUUGACUAUAACAACGCUCUUACCCGUCUCAAGAUCAGGGAUACUCAGCCUAUUGCUGAGGCUUGGAUGAAACUCCUCUCGACUUGGAUCAAGCGUCUUCGAGCUGACCACGGUAUUACCGCUGAGAAGGAGGAGACUCAAGACUAG